CCGCGAGUACUUGUAUAGGAUGUGCAGUAUCGACUAAAUAGGAAUUAGUCAAUAUGACGAACGUUAAAAUCAAGUCUGUAGGCUUAGGUACCAUAUUUGUCAACAAUGUGAACAUAAAAUAUUUGGUACUGUUCAGUUUGUUUGUGAUGAACCUGGUGGACCAGCCGGCGCCGGAAGUGAGUCUGGCGCAGGGAGUGGUCGGCGGCAGAAUAAGCGCGGACGGCACCGUGCUGCAGUAUAUUGGAAUACCUUAUGCCACUGUUGAAAAGAGGUUUCAGGCUCCCGGCCCCCCUCCACGAUGGAGGGGUGUGUACAAGGCGGUCGACGACAUCUACAUGUGCCCACAAUCUCUAGGCUUUUUAGUCGUCGGGACCGAGGACUGCCUGAAGAUAAACGUAUACGUUCCAGCACACGCCAUGGGACCUUUGCCGGUGAUGUUUUGGAUACACGGCGGAGCCUUCAAGCUGGGCAGCGGAGGGAAUUUCCUUUAUGGACCAAAUUUCCUCGUUCAGAAGGACGUUAUUCUAGUAACGUUCAACUACAGACUCGGUGCGCUGGGAUUCACGUGUCUAAAGAUCAAGGAGGCCCCGGGAAACGCCGGCCUCAAGGACCAAGUAGCGGCUCUUAAAUGGGUCAAAAAUAAUAUCGCGGCUUUUGGCGGCGAUCCAAAUGCUAUAACCAUAUUUGGAGAAAGUGCCGGCGGUACUUCUGUAUCUUUACUACUAGCCAGCAAAGCGACUGAAGGUUUAUUCAGUAAAGCUAUAGUACAGAGCGGAACUUCGAUCGCCCCUUGGGGGACAAACAGGAACCCCGUUUGGAUAGAGAGUCUCUUAGCUAAAGCAUCGGGACAUAAUACAGAGGAUCCUCACGAAAUAUACAAAAUAUUCUCAGAGAUGAAUUACAAAGAUUUGACUUCGAUAAAAGCGACGAAGCCUCUGGAUAUAUUCUUUGAGACUCAAUUAUUUCAUAUGCCAUGCGUCGAGGAGGAUAUACCAGGGGCGGAACCGUUAAUCACCGAUUUGCCCUACAACCUUAUGACUAAAUACCCCAAAGAUAUACCCAUGAUGUUCGGGUUUAAUAGUAACGAAGGUAUAUUUCUGAUAGCCAUGGAAACGUCGAAGGAGCUAAUAGAAGAGAGGAAUGGCAGGUACUUAAUUGGGUCCGACUUAAAGUUUUCGUCACAUAGUGAAGCGAUGGCGGUCUCAGACAAAGUAAAACAAUUCUACUUUGGAGACGAUAGAAUUGGCUGGGACAAAGUUUUGAACAUGUCCGAACUGUACAAGCAUUUAUAUUUCGAAUUACCUAACAUAUUCGAGUCGCAGAUUUACAACGAAAGAAAUAAGUCAUCAGUUUACAAUUAUGUUUUCGAUUACUCUGGUAGAAGAAACUUUAUGAAAUUUCUCACCGGCUUCUGGAACCAGCCCGGGGCUUCCCACGCCGAUGAUUUGGCUUACUUAUUCAAUGGAUAUAUAUUACCAUUUCGAAUCAACAGCGAAGACGCCAAAAUAAUCGACUACAUGACUACAAUGUGGACCAAUUUUGCUAAAUAUGGCAAUCCGACUCCAGGUGACCUGCCGGUGCGGUGGGCGCCGAGCACCAGAGACAAGCUGACGUUCCUGUACAUAGACCAGGAGCUGCGGACCGCCGACAUGCCUAGUCCGAGCGCCUACCGCCUGUGGAGAGACAUCUAUCACCAGUACAGAGACACUAACGUUACUUAGCACCUGUGACCUAAUUUUUUAUCUAGAUUGGUACUGUAAGGGGACACAAUAUACUGGAUGCUGGACAAUGAAUAAGAAUAGGAAUAAGUUUAUUUUGACAAUCACACAACACAAUGUAUCAUUACUACAAAAAUACA